AUGGGCAAUGCCGCACCAAGCACUUGUGCCACUUGACGAUCAUGUCGUGGCCGGCGUUUGAACAGGCUGCGGGAAGCGGCAAUGCAGCCGCCGCUGCAGAACUUCUCGGCAACAUUUACACAGCUGGAGGUCGAAAUGCAUUCGGCACGUGCAGGCAAGCCCUGCUGAGCUACCUGAAGCAGCAAGAGAAUGCCCCGAUCGAGCUCAUGUGGGCCAUGGUGGCCCAUGUGUGGAACGACCCAGCGUCACCGACAGCAUAUCUGCUUCUCAUGACGCUCGAAGAAGUCGGCAAAGCCAUGUCCGUCGUUCCAGCUUUAACGGUUCGAAGUCGAUUUCGAGAGAAAGUUCUUGCCGUGAUGGAGCAGGAUGUGGGGACGUCAAAGGUCGUGGAUGCAAAAGUCGUCGUGAAAACAAUCGUCCUUUGCCGGCUCAACGACAUUGACCAAACAAUGGUGGUGCGCUACGCGAGAGGGCUUGUCCAAGACAAGGACAUGCUGGUGGCACUCGUGCAGCUCGUGCAUGCCUUUCCAAACAGCGCGUGGCCCGUUGACGAGUACUUGGUUCAAAUCACAGCAUUCAACAGCUGGCCCAUGGCCGAGCGCCUGAUUGCGUCACUGUCGACCAACGACCCGAACGUUGUCGUGAAUGCCCAGCACACGUUGAUUACGCUGGCUGUGCAAAAAGGAGACCUCAAACGCGCACAUAAAUGGGUGCACCAAUACAGCAUGCAAACCGCAUUCCCUGAAGUCGAAAACAUCUUGCAGCAAGAAGCGCUGGACAAGUUGUGUGGCCAGCAAAAGUGGUCGAUCGCCGUCAAAUUUGUCGGGGCCAACACGAUAUUGCAAAUGCGACUCUUCCAUGCGCUCGUUGCCGCGGGUCAAGUCGGCCUUGCCAACCAUGUCCACGACAGGUUUUCGUUGACUUCGGUGCCCAAGGCGACAACGAUGCCCAGUGCUCGUUCCAGCGACGAAGACACCGAGGGUAGCGCCGGUCAACCUCUGGCGUUGCCACAAGAUGUUGCUAUUGUACUGUGCGAUACAGUGAACGCCAUGGAAUCAUUCGAGCGAGCUGUUCUCGAGUGCCUCGCAUGCCAAGACAACGAGUGCUGGCUCGGAGUGGACGUUGAGUGGAAACCAGUCUUUUCCAAGACAGACCAGCCACUCGCGAGUGUAUUGCAGUUGGCAGUUGGACACCAAGUGUUCAUCGUGGACUUGAUUGCGUUGGAGGAGGCAUCGGCGGCGUUUGAAAUGCUCGACCGAGUGUUGCAGCACCCCGACGUGAUCAAAGUUGGGUUUGGAUUUUCCCAUGACCUGCAAGUAUUGCGCCAGACAUUUCCAGACAAAGGCAGGUGCUUCCACUACGUGUCGAGCUUCAUUGAGCUGACCCAAAUCCUCCACAACUUGUACCCGACGACCCACCUAGGACGAGCGGGACUCAGUAGUGCGACGCAAUUUGUUCUUGGGGCCUGUCUGGACAAGGAACAACAGCUCUCGGACUGGACGGCUCGACCGCUUUCAACAGCACAACUGCGAUAUGCUGCGACGGAUGCAUGGUGUCUAUUACGCAUACUGUCUCAAUUGCGCAGCUGCCACCCCGCAAUGGACCUCAACAAACAAGACCUGCACCACUGCGAACCGAACGAAGCCAGCCAUAACGGCAUGUCGGCUCGUGUUGUCGAACGGCGCCACGAUCACUUUACCCGCCAUGAGGCCAAAGAAGACGUCGUCGUGCGAUUCAUGGCAAGGCAGUGUGCGGACGUCCUAGCUGAGUGUCGAUUGCAACCACUCGAGUACCAGGUGCCUCCGAACGCAAUAGUGGCCAACACGUUGUGCCUAUUCACUAAUGACAUCGAGCCCCAUGUUGUCGUGCUGCCGCAGUCAGAAAAAGUCGACUUGGCGGUGUUUGCCAUUGCCAACGGGUGUCCGCGGCGUCGGGUUCGCUUGGCGACAGCACAAGAAUGCGUGCAAAGGUUUGGUUUUGUGCCAGGGAGUGUCCCCCCCAUCGCGCACGCCGAUUCCUCGACAACAAUUUGGAUGGACCAGUCGGUGAUGUCGUCGCCGGCGCCGGUGGUGACGGGAGGUGGUUUGCAUCACGUGCUCGAGUGUAACAAUGGCGCUGGUCUCCAUGCGCUAUGUGGUGGAGAUGCUCGUGUCAAAGUCGAAAAGUUGUGCAAACGCCACCUCGACAACAAGACGCUCCAAACGCCCACUGACACACUUCGCUUCUUGUCCGACGCGCAUUUGGGUCGAGUUACCAAGUGGUUGCGCAUGCGAGGGGUCGACAUUGCGUUGUUCGACGACCAAGGCAGAGACCGCACGAAAUUCAUAGACCAAGCUGCAGCGGAGAAGCGCAUCAUGCUGACAACGGAUCGGAAACUCGGCCAACGACGGAUUGCCGUUGUGUGUUUUGUCGUCUCGUCCGACGACCCUCGCCAGCAAUUUCACGAGGUUCUGACGCACUUUGGCCUGUCCGCGGCAGGAACUGUCGUCCCGCGUCGAUUUGUCCAUCCCAGAUGUUCGCGUUGCAACGGCGACGGAUUUCGCAUGCUCACGAGCGAGGAAGUUCAAGAAGCUGCCAUGCGCCAGACCAUUGCGCAGGAAACCCUCAACACCGUGUCGGAAUUCUGGCAGUGCCUCGCGUGCAAAAAGAUCUUCUGGACCGCGUGGAAACGAUUCCAAACCAUGCGUUUUCAAGAUGCCCUCGAUUCGACGACAGUCUGCGAUCAACCAUCCGCUGCAGCGAUCGACGAAGCGUAGACAAGGGUCAUGGUCUUCCAUUAGAAUUCCUGUUGUACAACACAAACGUUGUCCGGCACACGUGCUUCGUCCUGAGUGACUCUCGCCUGUCCUGGAAGUACAUACGAAUCAAAGUGCCCCAAGGGGUUUCAACCUCUUAAGUCAUCAAGAGACCGCCAAGUCGCCAACGUGUCGCUUCCAAUGUCGAACGUGCAUGGCUAAAUGAACGGCUAGAAUGUCGGCAGCUGCUUUGUGCUCGUGGUUGCUACAAGUCAAGGUCUUCACUUGGUUCUGUAGCUCGGCGCUUGAAUCUUUCAGGGAUACUGCCAACGCCUGCAGGAUAAAUAUCAACUUUGAACAAACCAA